AUGGAGGAGGGUGCGGGCCUCGUCAUCGGCGUUGGCGGCGGGGGUGGCCUCUCUGGCGGUGGCGGGGAGGGGGUGGCUCCUCCGGCUGCGAGGGCACAGGAGAGGCUGGUGCCGCCGUGCGGGGUGCAGUCGGCUGCGGCUUGCAGCGGCGUGCGGCAGCGCAGUGCGGGGUGCGGCCGGCCGUGGCUCGUGACGGCACUAUUCGGGGCGUGUCGGCUCUCGGUGCGGCGCCGUGCGGCGCCGUGGCCAUCAGCGGUGUUGUGCGGGGCGCGGCCGGCAGCGGUUCGCGGCAGCGCGCGCGGUGGCGCGAGCGGUGGUGCCCGAGUCCACGCCGGCAUGCCGCGGCGCGGCUCGAGGGAGGGAGGCGGCGGCCAGGUCGGCGAAGGGGACGGCGAGCAGAGGGGAGGCGGCGGCCAGGUCAGCGAAAGGGACGACGAGCCGCCGCCGACGAGGCCGAUCUCUCCAUUCAUGGCGGGGAGCACAGAAGCAGCGGCGGCCCAUUCCUUGCCUGGAGGUGCCGACGACGACGAGGGCGAGCGCCGUAUCCUUGCCCCGAGCCGCCGAUGA